UUUACAUCUCGACUCAGACUGGGUAUAUCAACUCAGAAAGAGAAGACCAAAGAUCAUCAUGUCCGUCACAACAAAAGCCACCAUUGCCUCCUUCGGCGGAAAGCUCCUGAAGCUCAGCCAUGUCGCCAAAACCACCAACUGCGAAAUGUCCUUUAACCUCUACCUUCCACCACAAGCCUACCAGAACCCAGCGCAGAAAGUCCCCGUUCUGAUAUACCUGUCCGGAUUAACCUGCACGGCGGACAAUUGCUCUGAGAAGGGCUUUUUCCAGCACGGAGCGAGCAAGAAGGGCAUUGCGGUGCUUUAUCCGGAUACUAGUCCUCGCGGUCUUGACGUCCCCGGCGAAAACGACUCGUGGGAUUUUGGCACGGGGGCUGGCUUUUACGUCGAUGCCACCAGGGAGCCCUACCAUCAUGGAUAUAACAUGUAUACGUAUGUGACGGAGGAGCUACCGGCCACGGUCUUUGCAGCGUUCCCGCAGUUGGAUUCUACCCGUGUUAGUAUUACGGGGCAUAGUAUGGGUGGUCAUGGUGCUUUAACUUUGUAUCUUCGGAACCCCGGCAAAUACAAGUCUGUUUCUGCGUUUGCGCCAAUCUCCAACCCUAUUAAUUGUCCCUGGGGUCAAAAGGCGUUUGGGGGCUACUUUGGUGAGGAUCAGCUGGCGAAAUGGAAGGAACAUGAUGCGACGGAGCUGGUGAAGAAGUGGAAGGGUCCGUUGGAUAUUCUGAUUGAUGUGGGAACCGGAGAUAACUUCUACAAGCAAGGUCAACUUCUCCCCGAGAAUUUAGAAACCGCUGCAAAGGAGGCUGGUGUGACGGGCAUCAAUGUGCGCUACCAGCCGGACUACGACCACAGUUACUAUACUAUGGCGACGUUUUCUGAUGACCAUAUUGAGCAUGCGGCCAAGUAUCUCUUUGCAUAGUGGGUUUUCCCCUCUUUACUAUCCGUGCCCCUCUGUCUGGUGGAUGAUUGGUGGCGUGUUCUGAUAUUCGUCAAGCGAUCACCGGGCGAAAUCGUUGAUAUAGAGAUAAAAUAUAGGAUUAGUCCCGGAUUGUAUACACAACGUAGGAUAUUGUCAUACCCACGGAGGGCGAGACUGUAUGCGCCGAGUGUUAUCGUACAAAGUAGAGGAUAAUGCUUGAAAUCUAAUUUGAGACCAAGGAUCGCAUUCAUCACUCAGCAAUGUUAUAGCGCAAAUCUUCCAGGCUGGGAUCGUCACCUGUUCACAACCCGCCACCCAUGUGGGAAAACACUGCAGGAGAGAAUGGCAUUAUCACAUCUACAGGGUCAUAUCUACCGAGUCCAUCACAUUUUCCUGCAUGUCGAGGGGAAACGAAGCCAUCCCAAACUCAAAUCUGGACGAGAAGUGUGUGAAAUCGAUGUGCAUACUG